CUUUGUCGCGACGGCGCUUAUCACUUCCAUCCAUCACCGACAGACACCACAGGCCUCUCCUGACAUGGGCCGACUAGAUCACAAAGUAUCCAUCGUCACCGGCGCAGGAUCAGGCAUCGGACUCGAGUCGUGUCUGAUCUUCGCCCAAGAGGGUUCCGCCAUCGUUGCAGCAGACAUCAACGAGUCAGCAGCACAGUCAUGUGUCGAUCUCAUCAAGGAGCGUGUGCCUGAUGCCAGAGCGAUCUCGUUCAAGGCGGAUGUAGGCAAGGAAGCCGAUCUGAAAGCCUGUGUUGCCAAAACCGUAGAGACGUUUGGUCGGCUCGAUGUCAUCUUCAACAAUGCCGGCAUCAUGCAUCCCCAGGACGACGGCGCGCUGAACACAGAGGAGAGGAUCUGGGAUCUCACGAUGCAGAUCAACCUCAAGGGCGUCUGGUGGGGCUGCAAGUACGCCAUCGAACAGAUGCGCAAGAACCCAACAGACGAAAGCAAGGGCCUCCGAACGGGCGGCAGUAUCAUCAACGUUGCCUCUUUUGUCGCUAUCCUCGGUGCUGCCACCCCCCAAUUAGCCUAUACCGCAUCAAAGGGAGGCGUACUCGCCAUGACGCGUGAGCUCGCCAUGGUUCACGCCAAAGAAGGCAUUCGCGUCAACGCUCUGUGCCCAGGGCCACUGAAAACACCACUGCUGAUGGAUUUCCUCAACACGCCCGAGAAGAGGGAUAGAAGGAUGAUUCACAUUCCCAUGGGCAGAUUCGGCGAAGCGAUCGAGCAAGCCAAGGCGGCCCUCUUCCUCGCAUCGGACGAUAGCAGCUACAUCACCGGCACGGAUUUCAAAGUAGACGGAGGGAUCUCAUCGUGCUAUGUCACUCCACUCGGAGAGCCAGUCAAUCCACCACCGGCGAACCAGACCACUCGUCCAUAGAUCUGCAAACGAAUGCAUACUCGAGCGACUGCAAUGCUACAUCAACACACUCUCUACAAUUCUUGCGUGGUACGCAUGUCGGCCGGCGCACGUACGCCAAUGGUCCUGCACAGGGAUCAGUUCACAGCCGCUUGUAUGAUGUGACCAGACUGACCAGCCAAUGUCUCUGACGAAAUCC